AUGGAGAGGCAGGAUGUUAUCAUUAAAGUUACAGAGCCUGCCGAUUGGGUUAACUACAUGGUUACUGCUGAAAGGCCACUUACAGGCAAACUACAGAGUUUGGCAUCACUGCGACCAAAGACAAGAAUGGCUUAUUUGAAAGUAUUUGCUUUCCUGGCGGCAUUGAUCGUUCUCUCUGAAGCGGCUCCAUCAGCACGUGAUACUAACACAGCUUCCGAACUGAACCCCCUGGUGGUGCACGCUGUGAACUCCGGAACACAAACUCCAGCAGCUAAUCUACAAGUAACACUUUUUAGACAGAAUGACGAUGGAAGUUUUAAACUGAUCUCCUCAAGACAAACAGCUGCUGAUGGAGAAAUCUCUGAUUUUGUUACUGAAGAAGACUUUGUCGGAGGUGUAUACAAGCUGCAGUUUGCAACAAGUGCUUUCUGGGCCAAUUCAGGCUUUUCCUCAUUUUAUGAAUAUGUUGAUGUGGUGUUCUCCGUUGAAGCUGAAAACCAUGACCACUAUGACAUCGAUGUCUUCAUCUCUCCUUCCUCCUUUUCAAGCACAGCUACUGUCACCGACCCACAUAUUUUAAGAAACUAGAAACAUUCUCCAUUCUCUCACAUCAUAGCCAGUAUAUGGCUGCAACUUUCUUUUGUGUGGCCUUUUCAUUUUAUUGCCAACUAUAUGUUAUAUACUGAGUGUGAACUACAGCUGUGUCUGCGUUUAUGGUUUUUAAGUGUUUACUAGUGACUUUAAUUAUUAAUAAAUACUAGCAAAUCCA